CCCCAAGACAACAGAAAAAGGUGGGUCUUCAUGGAUAGGCUCUGCUGUUAGUGGAUGGUUUGGCAGGAAUGAACAAAGCAAUGAUGAACCACAGGAUGAAAGCAGUGAAGAAUCCUUCAAAAGCAGAAAAAUAGUGAUGGAUAUUGAGGAGAACCACGUGGAGGAGAAGACGAACUCUGGAACAUUUAGUUGGAUCAGGGGUGAACUGACCAAUGCUUUUGGAUUUGGAAACAAGGAUCGAAAGACUGACACUAUUGAGAACCCAACAAAUGAUAAAGACACCUCAUCUCAGCAGUCUAGCUCCUGGACAAGUAUGGGUGGAGAUGUCUUGGGCUUUAGUGAAGACAAUACUCCAGCUGCAACUAAACCUGAAGCUGAGAUGGCAGAUGAAAACACAAACAUGGAGGACCAAAGCAUUCUUAACGCCAGUCAGAAAAUGGAUGUGGAUGACAAAAUACAGGGAGAUGAAAACAACCCAGAUGACAGUGUGGAGAAUGAGGAUGGUCCCAUGGAGAACAUGAGAUCAGACAAUGAAAAAGUAGAGGAACAGACGGGGUGGCAUGGCAACAUGUACAACAGAAUAACAAACCUUUACAAAGAAGAGAAAACUAAACCAGUUGACGAUGAUGGAGGCAAAGAAAGUUUGUCUGAGGAAGGAAGCCCUGGAUUUGCUUCCAAUAUUGAGAACAUUGAAACCAAAGAGUCAGAAUCAAGCUCACAGUCUAUAUUUUCAGUCAGCGGUCUGACAUCAGUGCUUAAACUUCCAUUUCAGGCAGACACGGUAGUAAAGAGAGAUGAGGAAAAGACAGCAAAGGAAGAAGAUCCAGGUAAGAAAGACUUUGAUGAGGAACAAAAUAAUAACGAGGAUCAAGAAGAAGGAAUGUUGACUGAUAUUGAUGAGCAGGACUCAAACCCAAUAGACAAUGAUGUACUUAGUGAAACUCAGUCGCUGUCUGAUAAAACAAAAGAUAGCAUUGCGUUUGAUAGCACUGAAGAAUCUAGUAUGACAGAAGACAGCACAGACAAGUCAGCAGAUAAUUCAAAUGAAGAAGUUAAAAGUGCAAACAAUGCUGAUGUUUUAGAGGGAGAGGUGGAGCAAGAUAUGCGAGAUGUGCAAAGUGAUGAGGAAAAGUCAACAAAGGAGGUAGAUUCAGGUAAGGAGGACUUUCUUGAGCAACAGAAGUUGAAAAAGGAAGAAAUGUCUGAUGUUGACGAGCAAGAAUCAACCCCAAAGGAUGUUGAUUUAAUUAGUGAAACUCAGGCACUAUCCGAUGAAACAAUGACUUUAAAAGACAGUGAUGACAUUAUAAAAAUAGAUGUCUUUUCUCAAGAAUCUAACACCCAAAAUGAUGAUGUUAAGUCUGCAAAUAAUUCAGCUGAUGAAGUUAUUCAGAGCAAAACCAACUGUUCCAACCGGACUGUUUCAUCUGAUGAUAUUUCAGAGGACAGGCUGACACAAAGUCUGUCUGAUCAAGACAAUUUAGACACUAUCAAACAGCAAGAAAGUGAUUAUGAUAAAAUUAGCACAGAGACAGAUAUUUAUUAUGAGUUACAUGAUCAAAAAACACAAGAAUCAAAUGUUUCGGAUUUGUCCAGAUUUGUCACAAUUAGUCAAAGUGUAAAUGCAGAUGUGAAUUCGGAACUGAAUGUGGAUGCAUUAUCAGAAUAUAUUAAUGAAAAUAAAUUAGCUGAGGAUGACCAAGGUACUUCGAAAGAAGAUGAUGAGUUAGUUAUGGAAAGAAAUAACGAGUUAGUGAUGGACAAAAACAAUGAGUUAGUUAUGGAAAAAAAUGACAAGUUAGUUAAGGACAGAAAUGAUGAAUUAGUUAAGGACAGAAAAGAUGAGUUAGCUAUGGACAAAAAUGACGAGUUAGUUAAGGACAGAAAAGAUGAGUUAGUUAAGGACAGAAAUGAUGAGAUAGUUAUGGACAAAAAUUAUGAGUUAGUUAUGGACAAAAAUGACAAGUUAGUUAAGGACAGAAAUGAUGAGUUAGAUAAGGACAAAAAUGAUGAGUUAGUUAAGGACAGAAAUGAUGAGUUAGUUAAGGACAGAAAUGAUGAGUUAGUUAAGGACAAAAAUGAUGAGUUAGUUAUGGACAGAAAUGAUGAGUUAGUUAAGGACAAAAAUGAUGAGUUAGUUAUGGACAAAAAUGAUGAGUUAGUUAUGGACAAAAAUGACAAGUUAGAUAAGGACAGAAAUGAUGAGUUAGUUAAGGACAAAAAUGAUGAGUUAGUUAUGGACAAAAAUGAUAAGUUAGUUAAGGACAGAAAUGAUGAGUUAGUUAAGGACAAAAAUGAUGAGUUAGUUAAGGACAGAAAUGAUGAGUUAGAUAAGGACAGAAAUGAUGAGUUAGUUAAGGACAAAAAUGAUGAGUUAGUUAAGGACAGAAAUGAUGAGUUAGUUAAGGACAGAAAUGAUGAGUUAGUUAAGGACAAAAAUGAUGAGUUAGUUAAGGACAAAAAUGAUGAGUUAGUUAUGGACAAAAAUGACAAGUUAGUUAAGGACAGAAAUGAUGAGUUAGUUAAGGACAAAAAUGAUGAGUUAGUUAAGGACAGAAAUGAUGAGUUAGUUAAGGACAGAAAUGAUGAGUUAGUUAAGGACAAAAAUGAUGAGUUAGUUAUGGACAAAAAUGAUGAGUUAGUUAUGGACAAAAAUGACAAGUUAGAUAAGGACAGAAAUGAUGAGUUAGUUAAGGACAAAAAUGAUAAGUUAGUUAAGGACAGAAAAGAUGAGUUAGUUAUGGACAGAAAUGAUGAGUUAGUUAUGGACAAAAAUGACAAGUUAGAUAAGGACAGAAAUGAUGAGUUAGUUAAGGACAAAAAUGAUGAGUUAGUUAUGGACAAAAAUGAUAAGUUAGUUAAGGACAGAAAUGAUGAGUUAGUUAAGGACAAAAAUGAUGAGUUAGUUAAGGACAGAAAUGAUGAGUUAGAUAAGGACAGAAAUGAUGAGUUAGUUAAGGACAAAAAUGAUGAGUUAGUUAAGGACAGAAAUGAUGAGUUAGUUAAGGACAGAAAUGAUGAGUUAGUUAAGGACAAAAAUGAUGAGUUAGUUAAGGACAAAAAUGAUGAGUUAGUUAUGGACAAAAAUGACAAGUUAGUUAAGGACAGAAAUGAUGAGUUAGUUAAGGACAAAAAUGAUGAGUUAGUUAAGGACAGAAAUGAUGAGUUAGUUAAGGACAGAAAUGAUGAGUUAGUUAAGGACAAAAAUGAUGAGUUAGUUAUGGACAAAAAUGAUGAGUUAGUUAUGGACAAAAAUGACAAGUUAGAUAAGGACAGAAAUGAUGAGUUAGUUAAGGACAAAAAUGAUGAGUUAGUUAUGGACAAAAAUGAUAAGUUAGUUAAGGACAGAAAAGAUGAGUUAGUUAUGGACAGAAAUGAUGAGUUAGGUAUGGACAAAAAUUAUGAGUUAGCCAAGAACAGAAAUGAUGAGUUAGUUAUGGACAAAAAUGACAAGUUAGAUAAGAACAGAAAUGAUGAGUUAGUUAUGGACAAAAAUGACAAGUUAGAUAAGGACAGAAAUGAUGAGUUAGUUAAGGACAGAAAUGAUGAGUUAGUUAAGGACAGAAAUGAUGACUUAUUUAUGGACAGAUGUGAGGCACAAUUAGAUGAAGCAUUAUCAAAAGACAUGUUUCAUGAAGAGAAGUUAUCAGAUUCAGAAGCUCUUGAAAUGAGCAGUAAACAUAAAUUGGACACAAAAAUAAGCCCUCUUGAUGAAGGAACUUCUCGUAUUCCCACUCUUGGAACAGAUGAAUUAGCUGUUAUUAGUGAAGAAAAUAUACAUUCAGACCUCGAGUCAAAUUCAGCCCUAAACGCCACAGAUGAUGAGAUGGAUAAUACCAGCGACUCGCAUGAUGUGUUACUGGAGAUACAAACAGCAGGUACAAGUAUUGUUAAAGAUACUGAUUCAGAAGGUAAAAAUGCAGAUGAGGUUGUAGUAAAUGGAGAGAGAAAGGAUUUAGGUAGAGUUUCUGAACCUACAGAGAAUUAUUUUGAAACAAAAGAGCUAAAGGGUGACACACAAAUCACAAUUGAGACUCUGAUAGAGGAAACUCACACAAAAAGCCCAUCACUAAACACAUCUAAUGGAUCCCCUGAUUCAGAAGAUGGUGGUCAUGAUCUCAGUUUGCCAGAAAAUGCAGACACUGAUGAAAUUCUUAACGUCAUUAGUACUGAAGACUCAGGUGACUAUACCUCUUCAGAAGAAACCAAAUUAACAGAUGAUUUCUUCUCGGAGAAUGACCCAGUUCAGGAUGGCAAUAUUAAUAAUAUGCUUGAUCAAAAUCAGAGUGUUGAACACAAAGAGGAGACUGACACUGCAAAUAAGAAUCAAACCGAUUCAGAAAGUGUCACGAAAAGGGAGGAAAGCGACACAGGUGCCACCUGGGAUCAAAAAGAAGAUAAUGACAUGGCGGUGCAGUCAGAAGAUAAAGAGAAACAGGGUGAUGAAGAACAGACUGGAAGCCCUGAAAUUCAAGACAAAAAGACUUUCAUCCAUUCUACAGAAACUUCUAAAGAAUAUACAAACUUAUAUCCUCAUUUGAGCGAACAGAAUAUUCAAGAUCUUUUAGAUUUAUUUGGAGACCACAAGUUAUCUUGGCUGGAUUCCAAAAUAGGAAACACUGAUGCGGGUCAAGAUAAUGAAGAUCUUGAUGAACUCAGUGACUUUGAACAGCUGUUGGAGUACCAUAUGAAGAUGAACACAAAAUUGGGACAUAUUCAACAAGAUAACGGUUUUCCUGGCAAGAAUAAUAUUAAAGAAUAUCCAGCACUACAAAAACUGUUUACCCUCUUAUCUACUCUAAGAGAGAAAUAUUCACCAGUGAUAACAGAAGUCAGUGUAGAAAGCCCAGGGAUCAGCGAAGAUGACUGUGUUCAUGAAGCAUGUCUAGAUGUGAAUAAGAAUACACUAAUCUCCUCAACAGAGCUAAAAAAUAAUCAAGUUACCAAAGACAGAUCUGAUAUAAAUGAUUCGAGCAAUCCUCAAAAUGAGCCAGUCAAUGAGGAGAAGCACCUUUCAGCGAAUAUAGAUAAUGUGGAGGAUGUUCAGACUGAUGAGCAGGAAAUAAGAAAGCAUGAGGAUUGGAUAUCUUCUGAAAUCAGGAAAGCUACUUCCCAAAACCAUGGUCUGAUCUCUGAGGAGCAAGUUGAAUCACAGAACGGUGAAUGGCAAUUUUACCAAAUGGCGAUUUUUGUUGAAGUCACAGUUAAUGAAAUUGCAUCUAUAGUGGACAAGGUUGUGUCUUCACUUCCUGAUGAUAUCAGGCCUGGUCCUGACUUAUAUGGACUUCCAUGGGAAGCUGUGGUUUUCACUGGAUUUUUAGGUUUAUUCACACUGCUUCUGUUCAGCUGCAGGUUCAUUCAUUCUGUCAAAAGUCGACUAUAUGCAAGUAAAGAGAAGCAAAUGGCACAUAAAGUGGCUGAACUGCUUGAUGAAAAGUGCAAGGUGCUGGAGACAUUCAGUGAAGUAAAACAGAGGUUUGACAAACUAGAGUCCGCACUGCAGAACAAUGGCGUGUCUGCUCAAGCUGCAGAAAAAGACAGUGUAGAGGUGGCAUCACAGAAACUUGAACAAUCAAAUGCUCAGAUGAAAAAGGAAAUUAAGAGGCUACAAGAAGAGCUGUCCCAACAAAACAAAGCAAGAAAACAACAAGAGGAUCAGCUUGCUGAACUCGAACAGAUUUUAAGUAAUUUAGAAGAGGAGGCUAAGGAUCGAAAGUCACAGUUAGAACAGGACAACACAACACUGAAGAUCCAUGAGAUCAACACAGAGAGACUACAGAAAAACCUGCAGGCAGCCAAAGAAGAGCAUGCAAUGUUGCUUGAGAGUAAAGCACAGCUGGUGCAAGAAGCAGAGGGCUGGGGUGAACGUCUCGGUGAGCUGGAGGAGGAGAUGAAAAUGUGUGAAAGAUCUCAUUCUGGCAUGCUGGAGGACUGCACUAAUAAAGAUGAACGCAUCAAGUCACUGACAGAGUGCCUUUUGAAGAUGCGAGAUUGGGAUUCUGAGGACGAGAGCAGCGUUGAUGGCAGCACUAAUACAGCUGGAACUGAGAAUGGUGACAGUUCAGAGUUCCAUAAGAAGCAAAAAGUACAGAAACUCAUUGAAGCAGCCAAGAUGAGUGCAGACUUAAAGUCCAUGGAGGAGGACAAAAACAGGGUGUUCGCCAAACUCGCAGAUGAAAUUAAAGCCAAAGAAGAUCUCCAUGAGGGGAUCAAACAACUUGAGGAGCAGAAGGAGGUGUUGGAGUCGGAGAGUGCCAACUAUUCUAGUGAAAGCCAGAAACUCCAGCAGAAACUUCAGAUCAUGACAGAGAUGUACCAAGAGAAUGAACUCAAACUACACAGGAUGUUGACGGUGGAGGAGAAGGAGCGCUCACAGAAGGAGGAGAAGCUCAACAAGGCAGGCAAAAAGAUCAGUCUCACUGCAGAGGAGCUCAUCACUUAUAGACAGCGAGCCAAAGACCUAGAGGAGGAACUGGACCGGACUUCACAGGCUUAUAAGAAUCAGAUUACAUCUCAUGAGAAAAAGGCUCAUGAUAACUGGCUAGCCGCAAGGGCAGCGGAUCGAGACCUGGCUGAUGUCAAGAGAGAAAACGCAAAUCUCCGCCAGAAGCUGACUGAUGCCCAGUUUAAAGUCGAUAUUCUUGAAAAGGAUGUACGAGAGGGCAGACCUUUAUUUAGAGGUGAAAGAUCUCCAUAUGGACCCUCUCCUCUUGGCCGACCAUCCUCAGAAACACGGGCCUUCCUGUCCCCUCCUACACUAAUGGACGGCCCCCCUCGACUCUCACCCCAGUUUAUGGGUCCAGGCAGAGCAUCCCGAGGCCUGGUAGAGCCCCCUAGUGGUGGGCCAGACUUUGAGCGCAGUGGCCCUCACUCUGAUAGUGGCUCACUGUCUCCCUCCUGGGACAGGGAACGCAGGGGCCCUCCCGCCCCUCCAGGUCACCCUCUCCCAGAUCCAGGUUUGCCAUACAGGAGGCCUCCUCCAGGUCCGUAUUCUAUGGGUCCUUUGCCUCAUAGACCUCCACUUCCUCCUGAGCCAUACUUUGAUGACAAAUCAGAUCCAUCAUUUUUAAGAAACAGCUCAUCUAUCAGUGAGAAUGAGAGCAGAGAUGGACCUCACUCGAUGACUGGUGACAUGAGAUUGCCCCCUGACCCAGAUUCAAGAAUGGGACCUCCUCCUGGUCCCCCGUUGAUGGGAAUACCUCCACCGAUGGACCCUAGGGACCCACGUUUCCUACACAGGGGCCCUUAUGGACCUCCGGAGUUCUUUCUCCCUCGUGGGCCUGGAGUUCCCCCCAUUGGCAUGCGAGGGCCACUUCCCCCUGGGAUGUUUCCCAGAGCUCCAAUGCCGCUCCCUCAACAUAUGGGCUAUCUGCCACCAAGACCUCCACCUGACAGUUUCCACCCUGGACCGCCUCCCAGACCCUCCCCACCAGGCAGCGAGCAGCCACCCAACCAGUCGCCCUCUCCUCAUGAUGUCAUCUGAUCUUCCCAUCUCACUCUCUUCCUCCCCUGCAGACUGUUUUCAACUUCCUGUUGUUGUGCUCAGGGGGUGUUUCCUUUGAUAUGUAACCGCAGUAGCCUUGUGGUUAUCUAUUUUGUCUUAGUUGAAACUUGUUUGAAGCAUGGCAAAGGAUACAGCACAUGCCACUGGUUAUAUUUUGAAGAGGAAGUUGAGUCUGUAUUUCAGGUACAGUGUAAGUGUGCAGCCUUUGUGAACCCAUAGGUAAAAAGUCAAUGAGACUGCCUUAUAGGAUUAUAGGUGCUCAGGAUUGUUAUGAUGCUUUUUUUUAAAUUGAAGGUAGUUGAUGAAAGGUCCUCAAAUUUGUCAGACUGUAUAUAUAGAAAGUAUACUAAGUAUAUAUUGUGAAUAGGAUAUUGUUGAAACAAGACCUAGGUAACUUGACAAAUCCAACAACUCAGUCCAGAGAACCGUCCAUGUAGCGUAUAUAUUUAUAGUUUCCUCAAAUAACAAUUCAUGCCUUAAAAAUAAAUGGUCUGAUGAAAUAAUGUAUAUUAAUAAUAAAGAUGUCACUGAAAAAUG